GGAAUGGGAAAUUGGGAAUACAGAAUACUCCUAUCCUCUCUGUCUCUCAGUGUGGCAAGGUAGAUACCAUGACGAGCCUAAGAGCUUCACGAUAUUGGGUUGAUGGCAGCAUCCAAUAAAGAUGACUCUUUAUCUUUCCUUUAAAGAAAGCGACGAAGCGAUUUUUCCCAAGGCGUACGACACCGUUUUAGGCUGCUUUGAUCUUCAUUUCUCAGCUCUAAACCUUUAUCGGCUCUCUUUCGCUCCCAAUCUGCCAUCCGAGGUGGAGAUCGUUAGUUUAUCCUCUUCUUGUUGUGCGGAUUAAUUUAAGGUUAUCAAUAUCACUUGACAAGUCCUUGGGGGGCAAAAGACAGUGGUUUUGACACGUGAUUUUGGUGUGUGAAGGUGUAUACUUGCGCUGUAACUCUAUGCUUUCAUCAGCUUCAGUGACGGUGGUGGAUUUAGAUGGAUGUUUCCUCCUUGGAAAUACAUUCUGAAAAUCGAACAGAUUCCUAUCCCUUAUUGAUGGACCGGGCAGAGAACCUUGAUAACAGUGAGCAUAUUGUUAUUGACAUACCAAGGACUGCUGAUAGCUCACUGUUGACCACUUCUCAGGAUAGGACUUCUAAUGUCUUGGAUACAUCACAGCAUGAAGACAGACCUUCAAGUAGUGGAAGGACACCCAUUCAUCAGCCACUAACAUCUUCGUCUAAUAAUUCAAACUCAAGAAACCCCGCAUUCAUCAGGAGAGGGGAAACUCGUCGUCGUAGGAGUCCGUUGAAUUCUGGGUUAUGGAUUUCUGUUGAACUAGCUCUUACGGUGAGCCAGAUUGUUGCAGCUGUUGUUGUUUUGUCUUUUUCAAGGCAUGAGCACCCACGGGCGCCAUUAUUUGAAUGGAUUAUUGGUUAUGCAUCCGGAUGUGUUGCUACCCUCCCUCUCCUUUAUUGGCGUUAUCGUCACCGUAAUCUGGUUUCAGGGCAAGACUCAGCACAACCUCGUCAAAGUUCCCCACAUAUGAAUGUUCCUGCUGGACCCUUUUCCCUUUCAGUGACAAGGACUUCAGAGGGGGAAGAUCAUCGGAGUGCUGUUACAUCCGCUAGAGGUGGUCAAGAUUCUGGGGUGCUGAAUGCAAGACUCAAGGUGCUGGUGGAAUACUUUAAAAUGGCUCUGGAUUGCUUCUUUGCAGUUUGGUUUGUAGUUGGCAAUGUCUGGAUUUUUGGAGGGCAUUCAUCCGCCUCCGAGGCUCCAAACUUGUACAGGUUAUGUAUAGUGUUUCUUACUAUUAGCUGUAUUGGGUAUGCCAUGCCUUUCAUCCUAUGUGCCACAAUCUGUUGCUGCCUUCCAUGCAUAAUUUCCAUUCUUGGGUUUAGAGAGGAUCUGGGACAGACCAGAGGUGCCACACCAGAAUCAAUAGAUGCUUUACCUACAUACAAGUUUAAGGUGAAGAAAAAUAGACAUGCUGAUGAUAGAGAUGGCAGCACAAGUGCUGGUGACGGUGGGGUUGUGGCAGCAGGAACAGAUAAAGAGCGCUUAAUUUCUGGAGAAGAUGCGGUUUGUUGCAUUUGUUUGGCAAAAUAUGCAAACAACGAUGAGCUGAGAGAGUUGCCGUGCUCACAUUUUUUCCACAAGGAAUGCGUGGAUAAGUGGCUGAAGAUCAACGCCUUGUGCCCACUCUGCAAGAAUGAGGUGAUGGAUGGAUAUAUGAUUGUAUAAUGCCCAUCCCUGCCAUUGUUUCAGUUCAUUUUCUUUCCUUGGGGUGAGCUGUAGCUAUGUAGAUACCACGGCUGUUGCCUUACAUGGUUCUGUAUAAGCAAGGAUUAUCUGUUAUUGGCGGCAUCGUAUGGCCAUGUGGAGUUUUAGGAACAAAACAAUGUAAAUGGAGUAAGCGAUAAUGAUUUUGUGCUGGUGAUGCCGAAUGGAAUGACUGUCAGUCUGACACAAUUUCGUUU